AUGCUUCAGUGUAUAUUUCUCAUCUCCGAUUCCGGAGAGGUGAUGCUGGAGAAGCAGCUUAGUGGUCACCGCGUCGACCGAUCUAUAUGUGCUUGGUUCUGGGAUCUCUCUAUCAUCUCUCAUGCCCAUUCCUUUCAGUCACUUCCAGUGAUUGCUUCACCAACGCAUUACCUAUUCCAAUUUCUUCGUGAUGGCAUCAACUUCUUAGCUUGCAGUCAAGUCGAAAUGCCACCAUUGAUGGCCAUCGAGUUUCUUUGCAGAGUAGCUGAUGUUCUGUCUGAUUACCUUGGCGGCCUAAACGAAGAUCUCAUCAAGGAUAAUUUCAUCAUUGUCUAUGAGCUUUUGGAUGAGAUGAUCGAUAACGGUUUCCCUCUCACAACAGAACCAAGCAUCCUCAGGGAAAUGAUAGCUCCACCCAAUAUAGUCAGCAAAAUGUUGAGUGUUGUUACGGGCAAUGCUUCCAACAACGUUAGUGACACCCUCCCAAGUGGGACUGCCUCUUGUGUCCCGUGGAGACCCACCGAUCCAAAGUACUCUAGCAAUGAAGUCUAUGUCGACCUUGUUGAAGAAAUGGAUGCAAUUGUGAACAGAGAUGGUGAGUUGGUUAAAUGCGAGAUAUAUGGUGAAGUUCAAAUGAGUUCACAGCUCACUGGUUUUCCCGAUUUGACAUUGUCUUUUGCGAAUCCCUCGGUGUUAGAAGACGUGAGGUUUCACCCCUGUGUCCGCUUCAGACCUUGGGAAUCUCAGCAAGUUCUCUCGUUUGUCCCUCCAGAUGGACAGUUCAAGCUCAUGAGUUACAGGGUGAAGAAGCUGAAGAACACACCUUUAUAUGUAAAUCCUCAAAUAACAUCAGAUUCUGGUACAUGCCGAGUUAGCGUGUUAGUGGGGAAAGAUGAUUGAGUCGAUAACCUUGAGUUUCCAGCUUCCUCAGUGUGUUUCAUCAGCAGAUCUCUCGUCAAAUCAUGGAACUGUAACCAUUCUCUCGAACAAGACAUGCACAUGGACAAUUGGGCGAAUCCCAAAGGACAAGACUCCAUGUUUGUCGGGGACUCUAGCGCUUGAAACGGGGUUAGAACGGCUUCAUGUGUAUCCGAUAUUCAAACUCGGGUUUAAGAUAAUGGGCAUUGCUCUUUCUGGCCUAAGGAUAGAGAAGCUUGAUCUUCAAACUCUCCCUCGUUUGUACAAAGGGUUUCGUGCUCAGACACGCGCUGGAGAGUUUGACGUCAGGUUGUAGUUUUCUGCUAAGUUUGCUUUUC